GGCUUUUUGAAACCAACCAAGAAGGUAUAAAAUCUGUGAAGACAGACGCCUCCAGGUCUCUGAUACAGAACACCCUCCUUCAGCCAAUAACUACUGAAGUGUCAGGGAUUGGUUAUUGAACAUUUAAAGAGAGACAUUGGCUUCAGCAGCGUCAAUCAAACUGAUUGAAGAGUCCCAACACUCAGUCUCCUCCCUCGACAGCACACAGAACAACUGAUCUUCCAUCCUCACCAUGUGGAGAUUACUCAGCUUUUUCACAGGAGAAAAAGAGAACGGCACAACCAAAUACAAGGACAUAAUUUCUAAGAGUAUACUGAAACAUCCAGGACCUCCUGCUGUCUACCAGGUGAAACCAAAGAAAGAAAUUAUUGGAACGCUGACCAGACUGACUGUUGGUGAAAGAAAUUUAAACAAGACAAACAGAACCAUCCUACUGGUUGGUGAAACAGGAUCAGGAAAAUCUGCCCUAGUUGACACUUUGGUAAACUACACCAUGGGAGUGAAGAUGGAGGAUGAAGUUUGGUUUCAGAUUGUAGAAGAAGAAGAGAAAGAAAGUCAGGCAGAAAGUCAGACCUCGGACGUAAUUGUUUAUGACAUAGUUGGUCAAUCUCUUCCGUUCUCUCUGACCAUCAUCGAUACUCCUGGAUUUGGAGACAGCGGAGGCUUGGAAAGAGAUGACUCUGUCAGCCGAAGAUUGUUGGCCUUGUUCAGAUCAGAAGAUGGAGUUCAUGAGAUCAAUGCAGUGGGUCUGGUGAUGAAGGCCACUGAUAACAGACUGAGUGACCGAUUGAUGUACGUCUUAAAUUCAGUGACGUCUCUGUUUGGAAAAGACCUGGAGGAAAACAUAGUAGCUCUCAUCACUCACUCUGAUGGAAGAAAACCUAAAAAUGCUCUUCAGGCUCUGGAAGCAGCAAAUAUUAAAUCUUCUAAAGAUGAUUUUAUUUACUUUUUGUUUGAUAACUGUCAGCAUGAAGACAGAACAAAUGACACCGAAUUUCUCAAAUAUUCUUAUCAAACAUUAAUAAAAGAAACAAAAAACGUCAUGAUUUAUCUCCAAAAAACCAAACCUCAGCCUCUGAAAACAACUGUGGAGGUUCUGAAAGAACGGAUCAGACUGACAGCCUGUAUCCAGAACCUGCACCAAAUAAUCAAGCUGGCUGAACUGAAGCAGAGAGAAAUCAAACAGAUUGAAGCAGAGCAUAUUAAACAUGAAGAAGAGAUGAAAGAGAAUGAGAACUUUACUAUAGAAGUUGAUGAGGUCUACAAAGAAAAAGAACCAAUCCAUGGAGGAAUGUGGUUGUUGGUGUUUUAUGAAGGAGCCGUCACCUGUUCUGUCUGUGAGGAGAACUGUCACUAUCCAGGAUGCACAAUAGCUGGUACCCAGAACAAUGUGAGGUCAUGA